GCCCCGCCGCCCCCGGCCCGGCCCGGCCCGGCCCGGCCCCUGCAGCCGUGGGCCAAGUGCAGCCGGCGAGGCCGGGAAGACGCCGCCGCCGCCUUCUGCUCUCCUCCUCUCCCUUCCCCCCGUGCCCUGGCCGUGUCCGUCAACAUGGCGAGCGCCUCGUACCACAUCUCCAACCUGCUGGAGAAAAUGACAUCCAGCGACAAGGACUUCAGGUUUAUGGCUACUAAUGACUUGAUGACGGAACUACAGAAAGAUUCCAUCAAGCUGGAUGAUGACAGUGAAAGAAAGGUGGUGAAGAUGAUAUUGAAAUUAUUGGAAGAUAAAAAUGGUGAGGUGCAAAACUUAGCUGUCAAAUGCCUGGGACCUCUGGUGAGUAAAGUGAAGGAGUAUCAAGUGGAGACCAUUGUAGAUACCCUCUGUACAAACAUGCUUUCAGAUAAAGAACAGUUACGUGACAUUUCAAGCAUUGGUCUUAAAACAGUGAUUGGAGAACUUCCCCCAGCUUCCAGUGGUUCUGCAUUAGCAGCUAAUGUUUGCAAAAAGAUCACAGGGCGUCUCACUAGUGCUAUAGCCAAACAGGAAGAUGUGUCUGUUCAACUGGAGGCGCUGGAUAUCAUGGCUGAUAUGCUGAGCAGGCAAGGAGGACUGCUUGUUAACUUCCAUCCUUCAAUUCUGACCUGUCUGCUCCCCCAGCUGACCAGCCCAAGACUUGCUGUGAGGAAAAGAACCAUCAUUGCUCUUGGUCACCUGGUUAUGAGUUGUGGCAAUAUGGUUUUUGUUGACCUCAUUGAACAUCUGUUGACAGAGCUGUCUAAAAAUGAUUCCAUGUCAACAACUAGGACCUAUAUACAGUGUAUUGCUGCUAUCAGUAGGCAAGCAGGUCAUAGAAUAGGUGAAUAUCUUGAGAAAAUAAUUCCUUUGGUUGUAAAGUUUUGUAAUGUAGAUGAUGAUGAACUAAGAGAGUACUGCAUUCAAGCCUUUGAAUCUUUUGUUAGGAGGUGUCCUAAAGAAGUUUAUCCCCAUGUAUCUACUAUUAUAAACAUUUGUCUUAAAUAUCUUACUUAUGAUCCUAAUUACAAUUAUGAUGAUGAAGAUGAAGAUGAAAAUGCUAUGGAUGCUGAUGGCGGUGAUGAUGAUGAUCAAGGGAGUGAUGAUGAAUAUAGUGAUGAUGAUGACAUGAGCUGGAAAGUGAGGCGUGCAGCUGCUAAAUGUCUGGAUGCUGUGGUUAGCACACGACACGAAAUGCUUCCAGAAUUCUACAAAACUGUAUCUCCUGCUUUAAUAGCCAGAUUCAAAGAACGUGAAGAGAAUGUUAAAGCAGAUGUUUUUCAUGCAUAUCUUUCUCUUUUAAAACAAACUCGACCUGUGCAAAGUUGGCUUUGUGAUCCUGAUGCAAUGGAACAAGGAGAGACACCUUUGACAAUGCUUCAGAGUCAGGUUCCCAACAUAGUUAAAGCCUUGCACAAACAAAUGAAAGAGAAAAGUGUUAAGACUCGUCAGUGCUGCUUUAACAUGCUGACUGAGCUAGUAAAUGUGUUACCUGGAGCCCUAACACAGCAUGUUCCUGUACUUGUACCAGGAAUAAUAUUUUCACUGAAUGACAAAUCAAGUUCUUCUAAUCUGAAGAUAGAUGCUUUGUCCUGUUUGUAUGUGAUCCUCUGCAAUCAUUCUCCCCAAGUCUUUCAUUCUCAUGUUCAAGCAUUGGUACCUCCAGUUGUAGCUUGUGUUGGUGACCCAUUUUACAAGAUAACAUCAGAGGCACUUUUGGUUACCCAACAACUUGUAAAGGUUAUUCGUCCUUUAGACCAGCCUACUUCCUUUGAUGCUGCUCCUUACAUCAAAGAUUUGUUUACUUGUACAAUCAAGAGAUUAAAGGCUGCUGACAUUGAUCAGGAGGUGAAAGAAAGGGCAAUAUCUUGCAUGGGUCAAAUAAUUUGUAGCCUUGGUGACAGUCUAGGCACAGACCUGCCUAGUACACUUCAGAUCUUUCUAGAGAGACUGAAGAAUGAAAUCACUCGGCUAACUACUGUGAAGGCAAUGACAUUGAUUGCUGGUUCUCCUUUGAAAAUAGAUUUGAGACCAAUCCUUGGGGAAGGAGUUCCUAUUCUUGCUUCUUUUUUGAGAAAGAACCAGCGAGCUUUGAAGCUGGGCACUCUUUCUGCACUAGAUAUUUUAAUUAAGAAUUACAGUGACAGCUUGACAGCUGCCAUGAUUGAUGCAGUCCUGGAUGAGCUUCCACCUCUGAUUAGUGAAAGUGACAUGCACGUAUCACAGAUGGCCAUCAGUUUUCUGACAACGCUAGCUAAAGUUUAUCCUUCCUCCCUGUCAAAGAUUAGUGGCUCCAUUCUCAAUGAACUUAUUGGGCUGGUAAGAUCACCCCUACUUCAGGGUGGAGCGCUUAGUGCCAUGCUAGAAUUUUUCCAAGCUUUGGUUGUGACUGGUACAAACAAUUUAGGCUAUAUGGAUUUACUGCGCAUGUUAACGGGUCCAGUGUACUCACAGAGCACAGCACUUACUCACAAGCAGUCUUACUAUUCUAUUGCCAAAUGUGUCGCUGCCCUUACUCGAGCCUGCCCUAAGGAAGGACCAGCUGUUGUAGGUCAGUUCAUUCAAGACGUUAAGAACUCGAGGUCCACAGAUUCCAUUCGUCUUUUGGCUUUGCUUUCUCUUGGGGAAGUUGGGCAUCACAUUGACUUAAGUGGACAAAUCGAGCUGAAGUCUGUAAUACUGGAAGCAUUCUCUUCUCCUAGUGAAGAAGUCAAGUCAGCGGCAUCAUAUGCCUUAGGCAGUAUUAGUGUUGGCAAUCUUCCUGAGUAUCUGCCAUUUGUCCUGCAAGAAAUAACCAGUCAGCCUAAGAGGCAAUACCUUCUUCUGCAUUCCUUGAAAGAAAUAAUUAGCUCUGCUUCAGUCAUUGGUCUCAAACCAUAUGUUGAGAACAUCUGGGCCUUACUCCUGAAACACUGUGAAUGUGCAGAAGAGGGUACAAGGAAUGUUGUUGCUGAAUGCUUGGGCAAGCUUACAUUGAUAGACCCAGAGACUUUGCUUCCACGACUCAAGGGAUACUUGGCAUCAGGGUCUUCAUAUGCUCGAAGCUCAGUUGUUACUGCAGUUAAGUUCACUAUUUCUGAUCACCCUCAACCCAUAGACCCACUCUUGAAGAACUGCAUAGGUGAUUUUUUGAAAACUUUGGAGGACCCAGAUCUCAAUGUCAGGAGAGUAGCCCUAGUGACAUUUAACUCGGCUGCCCACAAUAAACCAUCUUUGAUAAGGGACCUCUUAGAUACUGUGCUUCCUCAUCUUUACAAUGAAACAAAAGUCAGGAAGGAAUUAAUCAGGGAGGUGGAAAUGGGACCAUUUAAGCACACAGUUGAUGAUGGGUUGGACAUAAGGAAGGCAGCUUUUGAGUGCAUGUAUACUCUAUUGGAUAGCUGUUUGGAUAGACUAGAUAUAUUUGAAUUCUUAAACCAUGUUGAAGAUGGUCUGAAGGAUCACUAUGAUAUCAAGAUGCUGACCUUUUUAAUGCUGGUGAGACUGUCUACCCUUUGUCCGAGUGCGGUGCUGCAGAGAUUGGACAGGCUCGUUGAACCUUUGCGUGCUACAUGCACAACUAAGGUAAAGGCAAACUCGGUGAAACAGGAGUUUGAAAAGCAAGAUGAACUAAAACGAUCUGCUAUGAGAGCUGUAGCAGCACUUCUAACCAUUCCAGAAGCAGAGAAGAGUCCAUUAAUGAGUGAAUUUCAGUCACAGAUAAGCUCUAACCCUGAGCUGGCAGCCAUCUUUGAAAGUAUCCAAAAAGAUUCAUCAUCCACUAACUUGGAAUCAAUGGACACUAGUUAGAUGUUUGUCUAAUGGGGACCAUUAUGUUGAACCAUAUGAUGCACUGAAUUGACAGGUUAUGAGUAAGAAACAGAAAAAGUAUCUAAUCUACACAUUGUCCACUUUAUUUACCUUCAUGGAGACAGUUGGCUUUUCCCAUAAUUGCUUUUCUAGCAUUUAUUUCAGAAGUGUAUUUCCAUAGUCCAGAGUUUAACCACUCUUGUUUUAGUGGAUUUGGCCACAUUUGGGAAUUAAAAAGUUGAGUCAUGGUGUAUGGAAAUAAACUCCAACAUCCAUUUGCCCUGUAAUGUUUAGGAUUAAAAUGUCGAAAUUUUGUGACCAUGAUUUUUUUUUCUUUUAGUCAUUCUUUCUACUUGUAAACAAAAUGGGGGGAGGUGGGAAUCAAGUGUCCAGGUGCACCAUGUUUUUUGUAUGACUUUUUAUUAUUUUUUUGUUUCAGCUUCGUAAAUUGGUUUGACUGGCAGAUUAAUUAUGUGUAAGAUUUAUUACAUUAAAAAGAGUUUGGGCACAGUUCAAAAAGAGCAGACAUAAAUGUCAUUUUUACAGAUGUGGGGAUUAGAAAACCAAUAUCCCUGUUGUGCACACUAAUUUUGCAUGAGCAAGUUUACAAAUAUAUAUUGUCUGUAAAACAGCAUGUGCAGUUUAUUCGUAAUACAAGUUAAAAUAAGUUCUACUGUAUCAGUGCAGUUUUCAGGUAUUUUGACAUAUAGGCCAAGAGAUUCAUAUAGGAAGGGAUGAAUGAAGGUUUGUUGUCUUAACCUGGCUUUUUAAAAUUCCAGUAAUAUGACCCUGCAGAUAUUCUUACAGUAAACAUGACUAUUUCUGCAGUUGUCAUGGGUUUUCAUUCCCGAAAACUGAAUCCACGGGAAUUAAGGUGGACAAACCGUAAAAUCGGAAGGAAACAAGAUGGAGGUAAAAUGAGCAGAGAAAACAAGAGCUGCUCAGUGGUUCCUGAACUUGGCACUCAACUUUGCUUUUAUGAUAAAAGUGUGAAGGAAGUUUCUUCAGUGAAUUCUUUCUCCUAUUCUUUACCUGACAGCUUUUUUUAAGAACCUAGACAAGUGUUGCCAGACCAUAAUUUUGUUCUGGCACGUGGCAUCACCAGGAGGCUGCAAUGCUGCAAGUGCCAUACAGUAUUCUGGUGAGACAGGAAAUGGCCAAAAGGCUGCAGAGAGAUAGGGGGCAAACAGAAGAAAACCUUCGGUAGAUACACUGAGGUAAUUUAGAAAUGGACCAGAAGUGGAUAGCUGGCAGUCCCAAAAUGAACUGGAUUUGGGAAUUUAAUAACAAAAAGAUUGGGGACCACUGCCUCGUUACUUGUUUAAUGCAACUGCUUAGUUGUCUUUUUUUUUUUUUUUUCUUCUCCUGAAGUCAGAUACGAAUUUGAAUUUUUUUAGUUAACUGGUCUUUUUUAGCUAGUUUGAUAUUUUGGAAACCUGUUACGUGGGUGCGUAGCAUAAACUCCUACGGGACUGAAAAAGCAUUCAUUUUUAAGACCUUAGUGACAGUUUCCUGUGAGCACUGAGGCUUGGGGGCAAAAUCUUCAGCUUACAUGCUUGCAGCUUGGGAAAAGCAAAGGAGAUAUUGGUACAUUUUACUUUAAUAGAAGGACCUGAACAAAGAAGUCCAUGAACUCAUUCAAUAGUAACAAUUCUAAUGCUGUAGAAAUUUUUGAAAAUGUAGCUUUCUCUGUCUCCAAAGUCUUCAUACUAAUGUAACAAUUGUCUUCUAGAAGUAGAAAUAAAUGAGAUUAAACAUACAAACAUAUCUAAAUGUCAUGAAAAGGAUUGGGAUGACUAGAGAGAAACCAUACAGUAGAAAAAGCACUGUGAAUUAGGUAUAUGUUAUCUUACUAUAUAAAUCAUUACUUUAAUUGCAGCAAUAUACAGGCCUCCUAUUUAAGAAUCUGUUGUGCUAAAUAGUUGUCAUAUUAAUUUUUAAACUUUUUGCGUUAAGUUUUCAAAGUAUAUUAAAAUGUUUUCUAGAUCUAAAGUUAGAUGUGAGAAUGGUAUAAACAUGAACUGUGAGGCUAAAAUAGGAAAAGGGAGUAGGUGACAAUGGUAAAUGAACAGAAUAUUUGUAGUUGAGACAUCUGUGUGUGCUUAUGCACUACCAUAACAAACACCUGAUGUGGUGGAGGCAGAUCAUCUUCACUUUGUUUUACAGUACUUUACAGUGGAGCAAGCUGAAGGACAGAAGGGAAGGUUGAGCUCUGUUACAUUGUGAAUGCUUUCUUGCAGAAGGGUAAUCUUCACUUUGACCACUGACAAAGCAGGUGGGAACAUAAGAACUAAGUCUUCCCUGUAAAUUUCAGAAAUUCUGAGUGUGGUUGUCUCCACGUAGCAGUUAGUUAUUUUGGUGACGUGGGAAGACUAAUUCAUAAAGAUUGUAACUGCACCAUAAUUACUGAGAUAAUUUAUCCGUACCAAAAUCUAGGCCUGUUAGGUGUUGAAAUUCCACUCAAUUUUGCUGGAUCACUAGAUUGAAAGUUUUCUUUGGUUUUCCUUCUGUGUAUCCAAGUACUAGGAUAAAUCUGGUGUGUUUAUGCUUUUAGAUCAAUAAUGUUCAUGUAAUUCUGUUAAAGAUGAUGUCAGGAAUACCUGUAGCUGUUUUUUAAAUGCUAAGUAUUUGAAAAUGAAAUAGGAAAUUUCUCUCACUAAAACAAAACCAGCAUUCUGAAAGGCUGCUCUCAGGAUGUUUGGUAAAAUUAGAACUUUCUCUAGUAUUUUUCAUUACUUUGCACACAGACAGUUGAGACCAAUUAACAAGCUUGUGCAUAAUAGAAAAAUUGUUGGCCAGUCCUCACAUUAGAUUUUUGGGUUAAAAUAUUUUUGUAUCUCAAAAAUACUUCAUGCUCUGUUUUUUAGUGAAAGAACUUGCCAUCCUUACAAGAGAGUUUUUUUCUAAAAUUAUAAAUUGAAACCUACAAAUACUUCAAGAACGCUGCACUUCAGUAAUGUAAAUUUAAUUUUUAUAUAAUUUUCAUUCAAAGUAUGGCACCUAAUAUAGCAGUUGACAAAAUAAAGAGAGCUGUACUACUUCAAGUUGUAUUUUUUGAGGUGUACAAAACAGCACAUAGCCAUGUAAACAGCAUUGCUUCCCUCAAAUGAAGGAUUAUAUUUAAAUGUCAUGAACUUGAAGAUAGGAAUUAAAAAUCCAUAUCUGCUCCUGUUGUAUUUGCCUUAACAAAUGUUCUCAAUAAUGAGGCUUGGAACAAGUUCACCCUGCACUGGUGGACUUAGUAGUAGGGAUUUAGCAACUGUUCUCAUACUUACUGGUACUUCUUCUCCAUUACCUCCACUUUAAAAAGCAAAGUAACAUGUGGCCUUGGAUGUGUGUGUGUGGGUUGUUUUUAUUUUGUGAGUCCUGAUCGUUCUGACUGAAAUAAUAUUUGUUUCUGCCAAACAGUUAAACUUGCAGCCUCUGAGUUUUAUUUUCCUGUUGCUCUAAACUUCAGAUAAAAUGUCUAUUUUGUUGCUGUUUUUAAAAUUAAUUCUGAAAAAAUGAAAAAUACUAGUCAGUGUACUACUUUUUUUUUCUCUCUUUGUUUCCGCCUUGCUAUGAGAAGGGAAGAUUUGAGUGCUGCACUACUGAACAUGAGCAGGUAGAAAUUCUGGCAGCAAGUGUUGCUCCCUCCCCUAGAAGAGCUCUUGGGUAUAUAACUCUCACAUUUAAGUCCACCUUCUUCAUCAGUAUCCAUUUAUAAUUUUUCAUUGUAUUUGAGUUUGGGGAGGGAGUUCUUAAGAGCAAUGAAGUAAAUUAGUCUUCCAUGAGCAGUGAAAAUGCCUAACAUUAUCUAGGGACAAAACAAAGUUAUGUGUUCCACAGAAUUCCAUGGAAUGUGGCUUCAUGGAAAUCUUUCUCCUGCCCUUCACUUUCACUAGCUCAGCUUGCCAGUAAUGUGUUUUGAAUUAUAACAGCUGAAUUCUGCCUACUGUUGGAAUGUAUGAUAGGAGCUACUUUGAUUUUUUUCUCUCCACAGCUGGCAACUUUGAAGUGUUAGUCACAUUUGACAGAAGGAAAAAAAAAAUUGGAUCUCCCAUCAUCAACUCCCUUUCAAAGUCUAAGAAUAUGACCGUAUUUUUUUCCAAAUAUGGAGAUGAUCAAAUGAAUCUUUUUAAAGAGGAAUAUUCUAAACUAAAGUUACGAUGUUCUUGUUUCUCCUAAUACUGUAAGCUGAAAAUCCAUGACUGGUUUGAAGUGUGACUUGUUUGUAAAAACCAUCUUAUCAUCAAAAUUGAAGUGAGGAACAGAAGAUGCAGUUGGAUAGUGAUGGUUGAUUUCAAUAUCUUGGCAGGGGGCAGCCAAAAUGAAAUACUAAACUCUGUGCUGCUUUUGCUUUUGGUACCAGUUUGGGCAUAUAAAGUUGAGUUCAACUCUAAUAAAAUGUUAUUUUAGCAAGAACAGGUGUUAUCUCCAGGUAGCCAGUAUAAAGAUUAAAGAAGUGUUUGACAUAGAAGAUUAUACACUGUUCUGACAGUGACCUUGCCUUAGCUGUAGAUAAUUUUCUAGGGAGAUGACUAAUUAUUCUUGCAGUUCUUCACUCCAAACUUUGAAAAAAAGAGAAAAAACCCCACAAUUGUAUAAUUUUGUAGUGGUGUUGGUAUUUGAUUUCUGAAUGUGAAUUCAUUUGAGUGUCAUUCAGCCUUGUGUAUCCAGUCAUUCUGUGGUUGUACAAGAUAAAUUGAGAGGUUAUUUAUACAUGGAGAAAAUGUUUUGAAUGGUUUGAAUACAUGUAUUAAAGUUGAAACAGUUGGAUUCAUCAAGGGCCAUGUAAAGACAAAAAAUUUUCUGAAAUAGUAGAAAUUUUUAAUUGUCUAUGAAUUACUUAUUUCAGGCCUGUUAGGUGGCUGAACAUGGCUGGUUCAGGUAAAAUGAGAACGAAGGCAGGCUAUUACAUAAAAAGGUGAACCUGCAUUUGGGUGCUGUUUGCCAAAUGUUUUGUAUUUGUUGGUCUAUUUUCCUUAAUACUGGUGUCACUAGGCAUUUAUUACUGCAAAACUGCAUAGCGUAGCUGUCAGCACAAUAAUUGUUACCCAAGUUGUCUUUGGCACAGGAAUUGGAAAGAGUGCAAAAACAGUUUGGCAACAGGCUGGGAUUUUUUUGUUACAUGUCAGCACAUGGAAGGGUGGGAAAAUAAAAGGUGCAUUGGCAGGUUCAGGUACUUCUAUAGAUGGAGGUCAAGAAGAGCACUGCAGAGUAUAAUGAGCAUUCUUUGGUCAAAGUAUUCUUUGUUUGCUCUCCUGAAGUGCAUACCAGGAGCAAACAAAUUCUGAUAUGACUGGCCAAAUAGACCUGGUAAUAUCCUGGACAUCUGUGAGAUCAAUCAGACCUCCUAGCUGAGAGAACAAGUGUCUCCUUGAAACUCACAGAAGAGAAUCAGACCUGUUGGAAAGAAUCCCCAAAGGUUGCCAUUGCAAUAUGGAUGUCAUUUUGUAUGCUUUUAGCUACAUUGUGUAGGAAAGGUACGUUCUGUACUGCAGAAAGAAGAGAACAUGGGAGCUUCUUUCACAGUGUGCUUCCAAGCCCAGGUGCAGUGAGGACCCAUAGUUGUGUGUAGUGUGAAUGCUGAGCAGAAUAUGCUGUUGUGAAAUAGAGGCGAUGUGGUGGGAGAAGAGGUCUGUCAUGGCAUCAUUCAGUUCGUAUUUCAAUGGGUAAUUUAAGUGGAAGUACAGAAGCUUUGUUGUACUUGAGGUAGCAGAGUAAUGCUCGUUUGCAGGUCUGUCCAGUUUGCUGCAAGGAUGCAGCAUUGUUCAUUGCAGAAUUGUUCAUUGUAAUUUUAUUAAGUCCACAAAUAAAUUUCAAGAGAAGGUUUGUCCUAAAAACUAGCUUAAUGGAUCUUUUGGAGAAUUCACUUCAUAAUUUUUAAAAAUUCCCCUGGCAGCAAUUAGUAGCUGAAACUAGAAUUUAAUAUUUUUAAUAAUUCAAAUAAAUCUAUUUCCAAGGAGGAACCUUAAAAUACUGCUAUAGCACCUAAUGAAGUAAAGCAAACAACCAUAACGCACAGUUUUUGGGGUCAGCUGAAAGAUUCUGCAGGAAUCAAGUCAGAUUUUCUUCCUAUCUCCCGCCUUCAGAAGUACUGAAGAGAAAACUGGGAAAGCAUUUGUCUAUGUUCAUCUCCUUUAUUUGAGUUUCAGCAUGGUCUAGUGAAUAAAUAUUAUUUGAAAUCAAGAAUGCUUAUACUGCUUUUUAAAAUAAAAAAUACACUUAUUUGCAGACUUACUUAGCAGCCUGUUUCAGUUAGCUUCAAAGGAGACCACUUCUCUCAUUUCGGAAAGUGACCUGCCAGUUUCUUAAAGUACAGCAAUACUUGGAACAUACCAAGGAGCAAUCUCUCUGGAUAGUGCUUUGAAAAGGCAAAAGUUAUAAUACAAGAUUUAAGUAUUCAUUUGCAGAGUUAGCCUUAAAUGUCGCAGUGUUUUUCCUGAGUGUCUGUACUGUUCGUUUACAAGAGAAAUGUUCCAACACAUGCGCUUUAGGAUUGUAAACAGAUUAUGUCUCUUACUGUCAAUGUUUGUUUGCUUUAGGUCACUACAAAACCCACUCUUGCUUGCCCUGUUAAAAUCUUGCAUACUUUUCUGUAGUUUUGUUCAGUUUUCAGCCUAUAGCAAUAAAAACACAUUCUAACAUGAGCAGAUGUUAGAGAAACACAGAAGCCCUAGGAAAUGUCUGAGGUCUGCAUGCAGAAUAGUGUGUUUGACUACAAAGAUGUCGUAUGUAAUGCACUCCAUUUUGAAGACCAGCUAUUUCUUUGACAAAGUAGUGGAAAUAGGUUUAUUAAAAGUACAGAAUCUGAGAACAACA